CCAUCUCUCUUGUCGGAAUCACCUUCGCAAACUCUGAUAAAAUGAAGUUGCUUUAUUUAAUCUUCAUAGUGGGAUUAGCUGCCUUAACACUUGGAGAAGAAUCGCAAGAGGAUCCUAUUUCACCAAUGCAACAACUUGAAGACACAAUAAUGAUAGGAAAUGAGAAGAGAGCCUGGAAAGAUUUCUCAAAAUCCUGGGGCAAACGAGCCUGGGGGGAUCUUCAAACAGGUUGGGGCAAACGAUAUUUUGAUGAAUACCAAACCGCUGAUUGGGACAAGAAUGAUAACAAAAAGCGAGCCUGGAGCAAUCUUCAUUCUUCCGGAUGGGGAAAGAGAGCAUGGUCCGACCUCCAAUCUACCGGCUGGGGCAAGCGGGGAUGGUCUGACCUACAAUCUGCUGGAUGGGGAAAGCGAGGAUGGUCUGAUCUGCAAUCUACUGGAUGGGGAAAAAAAGCUUGGUCUGACUUGCAAACCAGUGGAUGGGGUAAGCGGUCAUGGUCUGACCUCCAAUCCUCAGGCUGGGGAAAGAGAUCUAAACAUGAAGAUGAUGAAGACAAAGAAAUGGAGAAGAAAAGUUGGGAUUCCCUUCACGGCGGUUGGGGAAAGAGAGCAGCAGACUGGGGGAGUUUCCGAGGUUCAUGGGGAAAACGUGAUCCGGCUUGGCAAAAUCUCAAAGGAUUGUGGGGCAAACGCAGUCUCCCCCACUCCGAAUCCUUCGAACCUGGUUUAAAUAAUCUUGAGGAAGAAAUCAGAAGAACUCUGUAAUCCUCGAUCUAAUUAAAAAUCCACAUUAUUCUAUAAUUUAAUUUAAUUUUCUGUUCAGAUUAUGUGGUUGU